CCUUUUAAUCAUAAUUCACAUUAUUUAUAGUAUGAAUUGAAAGGUUGCAGUAAAUGUGGUAGAGUCGAAAAAUAAUUUGAUAAAUUAUCGAAAUGCAAAGUGUACAGUAAGUACAUAGAUGUAAUCCAAUCUAUUUAUACGGAUUUGGCUGAUUUUUUUAAAAACUCAGGCUUCCUUUUAAAACAUAUUUUAAUUAACGAAUCCCUGGGACAUGUUUCAAAAAAUACAUGCAAUGUAUCGUAAAUUUCGUGGGUUGGCUAAAAUUGACAUUCGUCGCCACUAUCUACAAUUUUGUACUUUUGGACAAAACACCUGCCUACCAUUUCCCCAAAGAGGGCUUAGAAAAUGAGGGGUUGUUUUCAGUUGUCUCUGGAAUUCUCCAACACAGAUGGUUGAUUCGCAGACUACUGGCAGAUUCUGUCGCAACUCCAGGACGCAAAAAAAAUUUGAUUCAGUACUAAUAUAAACAUGCUUCAUGAUUGGACUAAAUAAUGAUGUGUGCAAUUUAUUAUAUUUAUUCCAUAAGAAAUUAAGCUUUUUUAAUUUUACACUCUUUAUAAACAGUUUAUCAUUAUUUUAUAAGUAAUGUAGUUAGUAUUUCUUAUUAUUGUGAUUUUAUUUCAGCAUCUGAAUAUAAGUAGCACAAUGUAUGUUUUUCUUUCCAACAUUAUUCAAGAUAAUGCUCGAUUUUCUGUAAUUUUAUGGAAAAGAAAACUGAAUCAUCUGAAUUAUCAAAUUCGAAUUUCACAUAGAAGAAAUUUGGCCCGAACCAACCACCUGCUGCUGUGAAUAUUUGCGUGCAUAACCUAUUUCAUAAAUUUCAACACAAUAUCAUCUAGGCCCACUGAUACUUUUACUUAGAUAAUAUUUACACCAAAUUACGAUUCCAUAUAUUUCCAAUUUCCACACAAUGUCUUUUAUACAUUUUGCAUUAUGUGCACUUAUAUUGUUGUCAGUGGAUUAACCAAUUUUUGGGAACUCAAUAAUGUAUAUUAUUCUGAAGAGAACUAUAAAAUUACACUGAAAUUAUUGAAUACAAUUGGACAGUACACCAGUACUAAAAUAGGUUCAGAAUUAUACAUUUCCCACUUGUACCAUUGGGAUGUUACCUGUAAUGCAAAAAACAUAGCUAUGUUGCUGUUCGUAUAUUGUGCCUGUUUACAAAGUUGACACAAUAUUUGUAUUGAAAAUGAAUUUGCGAUCAUUCCUGCUUCUCAGUGAACUUUUAAACCUGGUUUAUAUGCAGAGUCAACAUUUGGCCCUGAUUUGGAUUUUUGUUCGAAAGAACUGGAUCAAAGACAUUCGUAACUGCAAUUUUCAGUAUCCUCCUUCAUCAGUGUAAAUAAAUUUCCAAGCGCAAUUGUUUCAGUCAGAUUUUAAUUCCUCCCAUUUCAUUAUUUAAAUAAAAACCAUAAAACAUUGCAAUAGUUGUGGCAAAUACACACUAAAACUGCUGACUGUAUUUGAAUGUAGGUAUUGAUCUUUGGGAUACGGUAAUAAUAAUAGUGGGUAAUAAUCUUCGGCACUUGAAUACACAAACAGACCAUGUUCAUUUCAAAAUGGAGAAUAUCUUGCAUUGAUUGCGUUGAUCUUGCAUAAUGCUAAAUCAUAAAGAUGUAUUGUGUUUUUUUUUCAAAUUACGAUUGUACUAUUUUUAUUUUAUUUUUUCAAUGACAGAAGAAGUUUUUUUUAUACUCAAUUUUACCUUGACCAUUCUUCUCACUUUUUGUCCACUGGAAGUGCUCAUGUUAUUAAAAUCCGCAGUUCAGUCGAAAAUUUUUGUCAAUAUAUAAUUGAAGACUUUAUACUCAAUUUUGCUCUGACCAUUCUUAAUAACAUUCUUUGCCCAACGGAGAUGCUCAUGCUUUCAAUAUCCUCAGUUCAGUGGAAAUUUUUCUGUUAAUAUCUACCUUUGAAUGAUAUUCCUCAUUACUUUAAUUUUUUAGGCAUGUCCGCAAUUUAUAUAUGUAAUUUGAAUAAAUAAUGAAUAUACUCUCUGAACUUCUAGGUUGUUAUACUAUUUUCAUUCAUGCAGACUACCGGCAGGUUCUUUCGCUACUCUAGGACUCGAAGAAAAUUUUAUUCAGUACUAAUAUAAACAUGCUUCAUGAUUGGACUAAAUAAUUAUGUGUGCGAUUUAUUUUAUAUGAAAUUAAGCUAUUUUUAUUUUACAGUCGGUAUAAUAUCAUUAUUUUAUAUGUAGUUAGUAUUUCUUAUUAUGUAAUUUUGUACCACAAUACAUAAUUUUCUGUUGUUUUAUGGAAAAGAAAACUGAAGCAUCUGAAUUAUCAAAUCCUACUUUCGCAUAGAAGAAAUUUGGUCCAAACCAACCACUUGCAUUGCCGCUGUGAAUAUGUGCAUGCAUAUCCUAUUUCAUACAUUUCAACACGUGAUCAUUUGAGCCUACUGAUACUUUUACUUAGAUGAUAUUUACACCCAAAAUCAUUACGAUUCCAUAUAUUUCCAGUUUCCACUCAAUGACUUUUAUGCAUUUUUCAUUAAAUACAUGUAUAUCAUUGUCGAAGUGGAUUAACUGAUUUUAGGAACCUAUAAUGUAUAUUAUUCUGAAGAGAACAUUAAAAUUACACUGAAAUUAUUGAGCACAAUUGGACAGUACUCCAGUACAUUCCUCCAGUACAUUCCUCACUUGUUAUACCUUUGAGAUGAGAUGUUAUCGCAAGAAACAUGGUUAUGUUGCUCCUUAUAGCCUACUGUGUUUGUUGACCAGCAUUCACAAAUGGGACGCAAUAUUUCUUUUGAAAAUGAAUUUGAUAUCAAACCUGCUUUUCAGUGAACUUUUAAAACUAGUUUAUAUGCAACGUCAACAUUUGACCCUGAUUUGGAUCUUUGUUAGAAAGAACCUGAUCGAAGGCAUUUGUAACUGCAAUGGAUUAUAUUCAAAAUGAUUUGGAUUUGAUAAGAAUGAAUAGCCCUGAAGAUGUUGACAGCAAGGAAAGUAAGAAAAUGAAAAAGACUAAAAUGGAAAAGAUACACAAAAAGAAGUUGUCAAAAGAUGGAGAAGACCCUAGCCAAAAAGUUGGGAAGAUUGAAAAAGAUAAAAUAAAGAAUAGAGCAAAAACUUUGUCACCAAAGAAGUUGAAGAAAGAUGUAGAAAAACUGAAAGAAAAGGCACAAGGUCGUAAAAGUAUAGGUGGACCAAAACCUGGAUCUUUAGGAAAGAUUAAACUUCCUGCCAGGAAAAAACAAAUAACUGUUCCAGUUGCUGCAUCAAAAGUAACAAGCAAGGCAGCUGAUAACAUUGAAGUUGAAGAAAAUCCACUUCUUCCAACAAUCAUGAAACCAAAAGCUGUUCAGAAAAUUGCGUCUCCAGCAGUAUCCACCAAGAGUAGAAAAAGCAUUGAUCCAGAUGCUAUACCAAUCAAAGCCAUUCAAUUUGAAGAAGGUGCAAAAAUUGAAGCAGUUGAUAAUGGUCAAUGGUACAAAGCUAAAAUAGUCAAAGUGGAUAAUGAUAAGAUGGAUAUUCUCGUUCAUUUUGAUGGAUGGGGAGCAAAGUUUGAUACCUGGUUUCCAAUGACAAGUAAUUUGAUUCGAGGCCGUACUCAGCUGGAUAUGAAAGUUGUUAUGGAGAAAUAUGACCCCGGUGAAGAUGUUCUUGCAAGAUGGACUGACGGCAACUUUUAUCCUGCGACAGUAUUGACUGUGAAAGAUUCAGGAUCUUGUCAGGUUAUGUAUUUUGAUGGAAUGAAAAAAUUACUGAGACCAAAUAUGAUGAAGAAGAUGUCUGAGAAAGAAAAGGCUACAGCAAUGAAGGCUAUUGAACAAUUACUACUACUGCCACCAAGUGUUAUUGAUAGUCCUCUUUCAUCAGCUGCUGGAUCUCCAAGUUCAGAUGGCACUUCUCGAAGGUAUAAAACAUCAGCAAAUGACAGAGAAAGACGAAUUGCGGCAAGAGGUGGAAAAUCUACACCUCGAUCCACAACUCGAACACCUGAUUCGGAACUCUCACAAUCAACCAAACCAAAAAAAGCAACAAAAAGACGAGCUUCACAAAUGCUUCCAACUAAACCAGAAUCACCGUCACAGCAGUCUAAAAGUAGGUUGCCAGUAAGCACUCCAACUCCCAUUGAAUCAAGACUAUCUUCUGGGGAUGAAAACUUUCAUGCUAAAAAAGCCAGAUUGGAUAAAAUUACCAACAAUUUGGUCAACAAGGUUUCACCAACUUCCAAGAGUGACAGCAGCACUGAGCAAAGAGAUGCAUCUCCAGAUGAUUCAGACUCCGACAGUCCACUUGUUAUUGACGAGGAAAUGGAUUCCAAGUCUCAACUAGCUGCUAGGAAGAAAAGGAAGCCUGAAAAUAAAUCAGAGAUACAGGGCGCCAGAGGUCCAGGCGCUAAGAAGCGAGGAAGACCAAAGGCACCUGUUCCAAGGCCUAGGAUUGUAACUAAAAUAACUAAAGUUCAUCAAGGGCAAGAAAGCAGUUUACAUGUCUCACAAUCCAGUGAGUCAAUGGCAAAAGAUAGUGCUGUCACACCCGGCAUUGAUGAUAAUAAUUUCAAAUUUGAAGAAAAGCGUCAGCAAGCAAGUGAAGCAUUAUUGCAACUUUCUCAAGCUACAACGUCAACUAGUUAUACAACAGGAGCAUCAACAUCCACUGCGACAUUGCCGUACCAUUCUGUUGACGAGUCCAACGUUUUGGGGAAAAAUUCGAACUUCCAGCAUGCUGGGUUAGAUUAUGAGAAUCUCAAUGAAGACAAUGAUUCUAAUGAAUCCAGAGAAGAUCAAUCGUAUGAAUCAAAUGAAGUUUCUGCCACAUCUCCUAAUUAUAAAACAGGUGACAUUGUUCUUGCUAAAUGGGCAGAUUGCAGAUCAUACCUGGCAUAUAUCGUUGAAAAAGAAGAAGACGAUUCUUACAAAAUAAGGUAUUAUGAUGGAAUGGUGAAAAUUGUCAAAUCGUCUUUUAUACAUCCGUGGGUUGGUCCUCUGCCUGAUGCAUUAAAAUCAUUUAAACCAAAAGUUCCACAAGCACGAAAACAUAAGCACAAAUCGAGUAACAUCAGACUUAUCAAAAAGAAAGAUAAAAAUGGUAAAAUAGAGAAAAGAGAAAAAAUCGUGGAGAAAAAAAGAACGACUUCUCUCAGUAAAGCAGAAAAUGCGCAAUCUACAAGAACUAGAAGAAGAACUGAAUCUGGUGAUGGUCCUACAGACACAAUCAAUUUUUCGGAUGGGGAAAAGGUUUUAGCAAAGUGGACAGAUUUUAAAUGGUAUCCUGCAACUGUUAUCAAAAAAACUGAUAAAUUACAUUAUGAAGUAAAAUAUCUCGAUGACCUGACGCGGAUUGUUCGUGACACAUGGAUAACCCCAUGGAAACCUCCUGCAGCUACUACCUCUAUAUCCACAAAAAUUGAUGAUAAAUCAUCCUUAACGGGUCAAAAAUCAACCCAGGUGACUGAGAUACCACCUGUCACAAAAUCCAGCGAGUUGGUAAAAUUGCCUCAUUCUGGUAAAACUACUGACCCAAAUGAAACAGCUAAUUCACAAGGCAUCGAUUCCACUGAAAAGGAAUCAAAAGGAAUUGCUGCAACAGAGAAGAGAACUGAAUUAAAAGAAUCAGAUAAUGAAGAACAAGAUACAAAAGAAACACCUGAGGAGGGAAGUAUUACAGAAUCUGGUGAUGUUGUUGGUUUGGGGGAACAAGCAAUAAAAACUUAUGAAAAAUUUGUUCCUGGUGACACUGUUUUAGCAAGAUGGACAGACUGUCGAAGCUAUCCAGCUACAAUUAUAAAAGUACUUGAUAAUGGAGGAAAAUAUGUUGUUGAGUAUUACGAUGGAAUGCAGAAAGAACUUAAACCAACUAUGCUUAAAUCAUGGAAUCCAAGUGCUCUUCCUCCAACUACAAAACAAGUUUACCGUCGGCCCAUGACGAAGAUUCGGCAAGAUCCAUCUAAGAAACAGCCUGCAUUAUCAAUAAAGGACAAAGUUGGUAGACUGACAACUGCUGCAAGGCAAUCUCAACAAGGACCAAGACAAGUCGUCAGAGGUUAUGAUGCAUAUUAUGCAAGACUUCCUGCACCUGCACAUGAUGUAGCAGAGACUAAUCAUCACAAAUUUAAGUGUCGAGUGCCAGGUUGUACAAAAUCAUUUCGUAAAGAAGAUAUGCUAAGAACUCAUCAUAAAUAUUAUCAUCAACAAAGAUAUAAACUGCGGGUUCAGGAUUCUCAACCUGCUCCAAUUAAAAGGAAAUCAUCAAAAGAAGACAAUGUUGUAAGACGGCGAGUAUCUGCUGAUUAUGAAAUCGCUAAAGCUCAAGCUCGUGCUAACAUUGCAGCAGCUCAUGCUGAUCAAAAGGAUGCAAGUCAAACACCAACUUUACGAAGCAGAGGGGCAAAACCUCCUAUCGAUGUUUAUAAACAGCAACAUGGAAAUGUAUCAUUGUCAUCUGCAUCCUCUAUGCUGGAUACCAGCAGCGGCCAAGAUGAUGCCAAACUAAAGGAUGAGACUAAAUCAAUUGAAUUGGAGGUUGACUCCGCCAGCUCACUUGAUCCUGUAUUUAGAACUGUAAAGAGGAGAGGAAGUCGAAAAAUUAGCGGCCGAUCUGCAUCUGGUGCAGAUACUGAAGAAAAGAAAAAUUCACCCCAAGUUGUUGCAUCACAGUCUGAUGGGAUACAGGAACCAGUGAAUGAACCUGGUGAACAAACUGAAAAUGGAAGCAGUAUCAAUGAAGAUGUCAUCAGAUGUACUUGUGAUGUCGAAGAAGAAGAAGGUUUUAUGAUUCAAUGUGAAGGCUGUUUUACAUGGCAGCAUGCUUCUUGUGUUGGUGUCAGUCAGCCCGAUAAAAAUAAACGACCAAAUAAAUCAAAACAAAGAAAAAACAGCAAAGCGAAAGAUGAUUACAGUCCAAAAUCGAAACAGCCAGAAAAAAUCAGUCCUACAGCAGCUGAUGCACCGCCAUCAAUUGAUGAUGGUUAUAUUUGCUGGGUGUGCAAGAAUCCGCAAAAUGUUCGAAAAUCCAAAAAGUAUUCGUACAACAAUGAUUAUCUCACUAAAGGCAAGUUGCCAUCACUGUCUGAACUAAAUGGAGAAUCAGAAACUGUUUCACAAUCACCCAGAAGAAAUGUUGUCAAUUCACUAAUGUUGUCAUCACUCAUGGAUGAGGUAGUGAAAAUGCAAGAUGUAUUAACCGGCAUCAAACAAAAAAUCAAGAUAGCAACAAUGUCAAAUGAACAUCCUUACUUGGAUACAUGGAAAGAAACUGUCAAAUCAGGCAAGAUUCAUCAUUCCAGUUCUCAAAAAAUAAGUGCUGAAAAUUACAAGAAAGACCAAAUAUCAAAGACUGAAGAUCGGGAAGCUUAUAUUCGCCAGUGUCGAGAGAAUUUGCUUGAUCAUAUCACUGAUCUUGAAUCUGAACUUGACAACAGAAUUACCCUUCUGACUAAUUUUGUUUCAAGCAUUGACAAUGAUGAUCGGGCUGAAGGCGAGCAAAUAAAAGGAGUUGAAAAUCUCCAGAAGGGCUUGACAGCAGUACAGAAACUUUUAUCAUAUUGCUGAUCGGAAAAAUGUUAUUUCAUUCCAUCAAAUUGAAUACCAAGAACAGGGGUGUGAUAAAAUAUUACUCAAGGCACUAGAAAAAGUAUGGAUAAAUGCUUCGCACUGUAAAGAUGCUGAUGAUAUCAAGAUGGUCUUCUUUGUGUUCCGUGUUGUUUUCAGAUUUUAUUUGUAUUGGACAUACGCUCAAACACUUAGCCAUAAGUUAUGGACCAAUUUUAUGUCUAAUAUAUCAACAUGAUAUUCUGCCAUUUAGUUUGUGUUUUAUUGCUCUUUUUUUACUCAAGAUUGCUUUUUUUGUUCUGUGUGAUCUAUUGUUAGGUGACAGAUUUCAAUGUACUUCUAGCGCUAUGGAUCUUAAUAUGUUGGUCAAGCAAUCGUCCAUUGAUGUGUUCAAAAUUGAUGUGGUCCCUUUGUACUGAUUAUGAAUGAAGAUUUUUUUCUGCCUAAUGUUCUUGUGAUGUAAAUCAGGAGCUGGGAUCCUGUACUUUAUUGGUGUAUGGGAGAAAUACUUUAGUAUGUUCCUUAAUUUGGCAGACAUUUGCUUAGGCUUGUUUCGCAUUUCAUGUCUUUUGGUAUGCUGGGGCGGACUUUCUAUUGCACCAUCAAUGCGGGUGCUCUCAUGAAUUUUAUAAUUCUUGCGAUUUUAAUGUAAUAAAGUUUUUUCAUUCCUACAA